UAUAUCCGGACCCUCUUCACCCGCUACGUGUCCCGCGGGCGGCCUCUCAGCGGCUACUUCAUCGUAUGUUGCGUCACGGAAGCGCAGUGGACCAUCCUCGCGCAGGCACUGUUCCCUGCAAAUGUUUCUCCUGGCGCAGGCUACCCACAGUUUGUUGAAGCUGCUGCGGCGAACAAAGCAUGGCAGACACUGUUGCGGCAUGCCAUCGCGAACUCUGUUGUCUCUGAGGAAAGCUGCAGGAAGACCCUCAAGUCCACUCUCGGGCAUGCUAUGCGCUCGUUCUCUGAUCUUCUAGCUCAGAUUCAGGAAAUGGACGCAGAGCCUUCUGAGGAUAGCUACGCAUGGGAAACAAUGUCCGAGAGUCUGAAACUGGCCGCAAUCUGCUCAGCCGCACUAGGUGAGAUGGACAAGAGUCUCUUCUCCCGUCUGAAGCUGCUCCUCGGGAUCGAUUCCCCAAUGUGCGACAACCUUGUUCGGGAGGCUGCAUUGAAAUCAACUGCUAUUCUAGUGCGGAACUUCCCAGAAAUCGCGUCUGAAAUGGCAGGCCAUCUCCGCCGUUGGGUUACAUCGCCGCUAUCCAUCUUCGAGUUCGAAUUUGUCUCCGGAACGCGAACGCCUCCCCCGUUAGUAGCAGCGGCGAAGUGUCUGUCUCUCUGUAUCACUUUGGCACCGGGGGACGACCAAGGCAUGUCGUAUAUGUAUUCACUUUUGAAUUACAUUGCGGCCACUAGCAAGGAUUUGCAUGAUGGGCUAUCAUCAGACGCCUCCUCUCUCAGUUUAGCCACCGACAUCUCUACGCUACACUCUGUGGAGGUCGGCCUUCGAGGACUGUCAGAUGACGAGAAAAGAACUGUCGGCAUUAGUAGCAUUUCCAUCGCUACCAGAUUGGCGUUAGAGUUCUGCUCCGAGGAGGUGACCCGUUUGACCGUGUCAAUGCUGCUGCAGAGGCUUCGAAGUGCUGAGCCUACCGUUGAGGCUGCUAUCGCCUACAACCUCGUGGACUUGGCUUUGGUAGCUCCAGAAAGCACGUUUGUAGACAUUAUCAGAGCAUUCUCCAAUAUCAAUCGUUCUGCCAACAUGGAUGAUCCCAGAUUUUCAAACAAUCAGGUUCUUGCUGCACAAACUAGGCUUGCACAGGAACUGCACCGAAGACCCGAACUAUACGAACUUUAUCUUACUGAACUAUUGACACUGUUCGCAGAUAAGGGCGUUGCGAUACAAAACGUGGCCAUAUCCAAUCAUCAUGCCAAGAUGGAGGACAUGAUCGAGCAACUUGGUUCCCUCCUGUUGCCCAUUGACGCGCUCCUGACCCAUAAGGAUUUCACGCUCGGCCCACCAUCGUCAGAUCUUGUUACCUUGUUCCGCAAUAUGUGGUUUCUCUGCGUUCUGUUUCAAUUCACAAAAGCGGGCGAUCAAGUGCAACAUUCGGCGAUGGAUUGGCAACAACCAGCCUUGGCUCGAAUAGCGAUGAAGACCCCACCAAUUGUUCUGGAGGAGGCACAUGACACCAUUGUCAGUGAUCUCGAAUACAACACGGUGAUACGCCAGGAAUACAUAGAGACAGUGAUCGCGAGUCAUCGAGCGCUGCUAGCGAAUCAUGUUCCCCUGCGCGUUGGUGAGAUUCGCUACUUGAUCCCCGGACAGGUGAUCUUCCUCUUGUGCAUGCAUGAUAUGGAGAACAUGCGUUCUGCUGCUGGACUACCCUCUUCUCUCGUCUCCUACUUCGUUAACAACGGACUCAACAAGAACACCGGAUUGCACUCUUGUAUGGAGUCGAUUGCGGAGAAGGUUAUUCGAGAUUGCAUCAUUGAACUUAGCGGCCAGGCAGCCAAACAGGCGCUUCCGCACGUCCUCCCUGCGGAGCUGAGGACCCUGCUCGUGUGUAGCACUCAUCGCAUAGCGAAAGCCCGAGAGAUUGCUGCCAAGUAUCUAAACCGCCUCAUCACUUCGUUCCCGUCCUUGAUGUGCGACCCGCCUUUGGUCUUUGCCAUACUCGAAGUGUUGACUCUAUUGCGUCGGGCUUGUGACAAUGAGUUCAUUGAUGAGGACAAUCCGGUUUACACGUAUCAUUCUGAUCGAGCCGACUUAACAUUACAGCUUCCCGACAGCUACGAAGCUCGUAAUGACAUGCUGUUGCAGUUGAACCGAGACGCAAAUAAUUGGUUUGAGCUAGCGCUAGGUCGUGCGCCUGUCGAAUUGCACUCUACAUUACAGGCACUGAAUCAAGUACUAUCUGUCACCGAUUCUUCAGAACUUGGCGCAUCUAUCGCCUUGGAGUACGGCAAGGCAAUCGGACCCAUUGAUCGAAAGCUGACUUCGCUCUCGUCUUUGUCAUCUCGGAGGCUCGACCGAUCAAAAAUGCUGGCAAGCCAAGUCGCAUCCAAGGGCUACUUUGCAGGGGAGGUGACGGGAUUCAGGUUCGGUCGGAUCUCUCAGCCUCCGAAUGUUCUUGCUAUGACAGACUUCGUGCCCGGCGACGAGUUGGAGAGGUUAAAGCAGAGAGUGACCAGUGUCAUACAAGAGAUCAGGGAGAAGAAGCAUACGAUGCCUGUCAAGGAACUGAAGCGGCUGCUCUUCCGAUGUGCGGCCACUCUCAUCUUCGUUGACAAGUACGAGUAUGAUCUUUUGCAUUAUCUCGUCAUGUUGCCUUUUGAAGCGUUCACUCCCUCUGCAAUAUCUGCUGGUAUUGAAGCGUGGUCAUGGGUGAUAGCGGAGAAGCCUGAUUACGAGAUCGCACUUAUGUCGGAGAUCAGCUCUGCUUGGUUCCUCACAAUCAAACACGAGAAGGGCAUGUUCUCAAAGACAUUGAACUAUGCAGACCCGUUCUUACAUCCUGUCGAAUACAACCCUACGGAUAAAACAAUCAUUGACCGUGGAAUCGCCAGCGCCCGCCGGCUCCUCACUCCCCACAUACUAAUCUUGCAGUUGCUUUUCAGCAGGAUGCAAGCUGCUAGAUAUAGGCGACCUGGCCUCAUGAUGCUACUGCAGCGGGUGGCACUAGCUUCUGCACGCGCCCAUCGGCUUCUGAGCACCCAUCCCCUUGCUCGCGAAGCUCGAUUUUCCUUCCUCUUGUUCGGCUUCGAGACACUUAAAAGCUCAAACUUGGAUACCUUCUGCGAACAUCAAUUGCGUUACAGCCUUUACCGCGCUGCUUUCUCUUGGUUCAGCACACGACCACAGUGGUCAUAUGGCUCGAAUCAUGUCCAGGUCGAUGCGGAUAUCAAGCUGCUCUCAGAGUUCCUCGACUAUCUUCAAGCGGACAGCAUCAAGGGGUUCGUGGCGAUUUCCAGCUUAAAUCCCGUUAUAUCACCGUCUCAGGCGCCUCAGUACCUAGCAUCCCUUAAGAACAUCAACCUGCCACUACGACUUCUGGUGGAAAAUGAGAUCUUCCGCUUGACAGUCUGGUCAAACCCAGCUAAUGAAGCCAAACGCGGCGCCGACCAUAUUGUUUCCAUUGAGAAGACCAUGGUCGAUAGCGCCUGGACCAGUGCAACACGAAAAACGUGGGAGAUUGAUCCUGCAAUCGCGGUCUUCCUCACAGAACGAUUCAAGCAUCCUGUGCUCGAGAGCGAAGUCGGUAGGCUGGUGCGCUCGAACACCCUCGACGUCUUGCACAUCCCGGAAGCACUACGCUUCCUAGUCGGAGAGAGAUUGGACCAGAAUGUGCGGCGAGAUCUGAAGUACAUCUUGAUCUGGGAUACAGUGCCUCCGAUUCUGGCCGUAAACUUCUUCGAGAAGCGAUACAACAGUGAUCCUGUCUUGCUGCAAUAUGCACACAGAGUGUUGGAGCAGCAUCCCGUGGAAACGACGUUCUUUUUUGUCCCCCAAGUUGUCCAGGCAUUGCGUUAUGACGCUCUGGGCUACGUUCAACACUUCAUCUUUGAGACGGCGAAGAUUUCACAACUGUUUUGCCAUCAGAUUAUAUGGAACAUGAAGGCGAACUGUUUCAAGGAUGACUCGGGUGAACAGGAGGAUCCGAUGAAGCCGAUACUCGAUGACAUGACCGAUCGCGUCGUACGAUCGCUGUCCGGUGAAGCAAGAACGUUCUAUGACCGUGAAUUUGGUUUCUUCAACGAGGUCACGUCUAUAUCUGGUAAGUUGAAACCUUUCAUCAAGAAGACAAAACCGGAAAAGAAGGCCAAGAUCGACGAAGAAAUGGCGAAGAUUCAAGUUGAGAUUGGGGUAUAUCUGCCCAGCAAUCCGGAUGGCGUUGUUGUAGACAUAGACAAGAAGUCUGGGCGGCCAUUGCAGAGCCACGCCAAGGCACCCUUCAUGGCAACUUUCAAAGUGCGCAAAGAGCGCGUCGAACUAAACGUUGAUCCCGAGAACCUGAUGGAAGGCGAUGCGCAAGAGGAAGAGGUCAAGAAGGAAUACGACGUGUGGCAACAAGCAAUCUUCAAAGUUGGCGAUGACUGUCGUCAAGACGUGCUUGCGCUACAGGUCAUCGCUAUGUUCAAGAACAUCUUCACCAGUGUCGGCUUGACACUCUACCUCUAUCCGUAUAGGGUGACUGCCACCGCGCCGGGGUGUGGUGUGAUCGAUGUCGUCCCGAACGCCACCUCGCGUGACGAGAUGGGCAGGGCGAAAGUUAACGACCUGCUUGACUUUUUCAUCGCCAAAUACGGCGGGGAGGACACAAUUGAAUUCCAGAAAGCGCGGCUGAAUUUCAUUCAGUCUAUGGCGGCGUACUCUGUGGUCUGCUAUAUUCUUCAAGUGAAGGACCGACACAACGGCAAUAUCAUGAUCGACGGAGAAGGCCAUAUUGUGCAUAUUGACUUCGGUUUUCUCUUCGACAUAGAUGACGUGAUGAGCGGUGUCAAAUUUGAACCCAAUUCUUUCAAGCUCACGCAUGAGAUGGUUGUCCUAAUGGGCGGUCGUUACUCCCAGGGCUACCAGCUCUUUCAGAAGCUCACUGUGAAGGCCUUCUUGGCCAUUCGCCCGCACGCGGAACAGCUGGUCAGCACUGUGCGCAUGAUGUUGGAUACCCAGCUUCCUUCAUUCAAGGGAGAACCGACGAUCAAGCGGCUGAAAGAUCGCUUCGCACUCGGGUUGAACGACCGUCAAGCCGCCGAAUGGAUGGUGGCGAUCAUACGGAAUGCCCAUGAGAACGUCCGGAGUACAGCCUACGAUGAGUUCCAGAGGUUACAAAACGGUAUCCCGUACAAGUGACGUUGUCGAAGGGCAUCUGGUACACCCACAUAUUGUUGUGUAUUUUCUUUGCCUUAGAUAGAUAUAUACUUCAUAUUCACCAUCUUAAAUUCAUUUUUACC